AUGACCGCAGCAAUAUCGGCCUCCUGCCAGCAAGAGCCUGUGCAAGUUUCUCUUGGAUAUUCAUCUCCCCUUGGAAUAAAUUCGACGGAUAAAGAAUUAACAGAAUCCCUUCGAGAUUCAAGCGGUCAAUUUCAAAAAGCUCUUGUCCUGCACAGGGUCAAAGAACCAUACACACUUGUCACCAAUCACCCUAUUCCCUUGCUGCUAGGUGAAGAUGAGGUGUUGAUCAAGGUGGCCGCCAUCGGACUCAAUCCUGUUGACUGGAAAUCCCCGGCGUUUAAUUUUGGCAUCCCUAGUUUACCUUGGGUGCUCGGACGAGACCUAGCCGGAGUUGUUGUUCAGACCUCCCCAUCGCAAAAUUUCACAGUUCGGAUCAAGACCGGCGACCUUGUUCUUGUCCCCUCAACAGAUUACCGCGACAUCCGCAAAGCAGCCUUUCAGGAGUAUGCGGUGGCAGCGCACUAUAAUGCCGCAAGAAUCCCGCGAACUAUAUCUAUGUACCAGGGAGCCUCCCUCGGGGUGGCGUUUGUUGCUGCGACUCUUGCACUGGGUGUCUGCUUUGGCCUUGACUUUUCGACCUUGCAUGCCGCACCAGGGCCAAACCUCUUGCAUAUACUGCAUGAAAUGAACCAGAAAGACAUCCCAGAGGAUAUAAUUGCGGAGUGCUUCUCUGUUGCGGACAAAGCGCAGCGAGUGCAGCCGGAAGAUUGGAUUGCAAUUUGGGGAGCCUCGACCACAACAGGGUAUAUGAUGUUACAGAUUGCCAAGCAGUGCGGAUUGAAAGUGGUCUGCGUGGCUGACAUUGCCCGCCACGGCCAGCAAUUGCUUGAGGCGGGGGCGCAUCUGCUGGUAGAUCGGUAUGAUACUGUCCGCGCGAUCAAGGUCAUCCAAGGAGUUACCGGGGGUCGACUUAGAUACGCCCUGGACAUGGUAGGUUGUGAAACAGCCACAAUAUUGCAGGAUGCGUUAAAUACCAGCCCCGAGAGACCCCAGGCACACCUGCUGGGCUUGACCGGUCUUCCCAAGAGUAAACACCUGCGAGUAUGUUAUCAUACUGUUCCUAUAAAGCUAUUUCAUUCAUGUCCAAUCAUUGGGGAUAGCAUCAUGCGCUGGUUGGAAUGUCUUCUUCAAGCCAAGGUUCUACAACCCCCAGGCCUUAUUGUUCAAGAAAAGGGGGGGCUGGUUGUGAUAAAUGACGCUCUAAAUAUGCUCCGAGACGGAACGGUGUCCGGGAAGAGAGUUGUUAUUGAUCUAGAUGAUUCUAUCGUGAAGAACAGUGGUAUGGACAUAGCCGUUAACUGA